GGAGGCGGGGCUUCUGGCGACACACUCAGCUCUACUGCUUUUCCUUGUUACUGCACCGUCAUCACGACUUUGCUCAACAUCGCCAAAUUAACGCAGAGAGUAAAUCACAAUAUGAAGCUAUCUCUAGUAUCCAUCGUAGGCUGUCUUGUUUACAGUGCUCUCGCCCGCACACCAGCCUACCAGAGGCUGCCGCCUCUGCGAGACCAAGCCGAAUUACAAAACCAAUGGGUUGCGGAGCGAAAGGCAGCAAUUCCAGCUCUUCUGGAGAAGCAUCACAUGGAUGCAUGGCUUAUCAGCCAGCGCGAGUACGCCGAAGAAACGGUCUUUUGGUCGCUCAAGUCGGCCGAGCAAUUCUCUGCCCGGCGCCGAACAACCUAUCUGUUCCUAGCUCCCAAAGUCGCUGGUGACAAGCCUACGGCAUACACAUGGAUAGACAAUACGCCCAAGGUAUGGGAUGAGCUGACGGCGCUGCUCGAUGCCCACAACCCCAAGACCAUUGCAGUCAACGCGCAUCCCGAAAUCUCCUUCUCAUCCGGCAUGCACGCUGGCGAGCUCAAAGCCGUCGAGGACGGUGUCGGCGCCAAGUGGGCAAAGCGCUUUGUCGUGCACCCUAUGCUGGCCGUCGAGUACAUUGGCACGCAGAUCGACGCACGGCUGCCGUGGUACCGCAAGAUGCAGGAAACAGCAUGGGCUAUCAUCUCGGAGGCCUUUAGCGAGAAUGUCAUCACCCCAGGUAAAACUACAACCAAGGAUGUGGAGUGGUGGAUGCGCGACCAGAUCCAGGCCCUCAACUACACGACUUGGUUUCAGCCCGAUGUGAGCAUUGUGACUCCAGACACCCCGUGGCCCCAGGACGACGUGGCACCCGUAAGUCGCGCCAUUGGCCACGGCGACUACCUGCACGUCGACUUUGGCGUGACGGCUAUGGGCAUGAAUACAGACACACAGCAUCUGGCAUAUGUGCUGCCCCCGGGCGAGACGGCGCAUGACGCGGUCCCCAAGGGCUUCCGGGAUGGCCUGGCGAAGGCCAACAGACUACAGGACAUUACACGCGAGAAUAUGAAGCCCGGCAUGACUGGCAACGACAUCCUGCGCGCGAUCCACAAGCAGAUGGAGGCCGAGGGCAUCCAGGGCAAGAUUUACUGCCAUGCUAUUGGUGACUGGGGCCAUUCUGCAGGAACAGUAAUUGGCAUGACCAAUUUACAGGAAGACGUCCCUGUGCUGGGCGACCUGCCACUUAUCGACCACACCUGGUACAGCGUUGAACUGGUGGCAUAUCACUAUGUCCCCGAAUUAGAAAACGAGUACAAGUUCCCGCUGGAGGAAGACGUGUACUGGACAGCAGAGGACGGAUUUCAAUGGGUAUACGGCCGUCAGAACGAAUUCCAUCUCAUCCGCACGCUGGAUGAGAGCGCGGCAGCAGACGAGCUGUAAACUCUAUAGUUACAAAAGUUAACAAUGAAUAUCACGCCGUUGUGGCCACUGUAGUUUAUGCAUUGAACAAGAUGGUUCAUAUUCACGCUAUUUGUCCAACGAAUUCCCACCACCACGCUCCGUCCACAUACACACGCAUCAAAAAUGAAAAAGAAGACAAAAAGAGUACAAAAAGAUACAAAGUAACACAACAGAAAAACAGCAAUGCUACAGAAAAAAACCGACCAACAAGAAGAAGACGCAGGAAGAGAGGACAAAACGUAAGAAAAGUACAAAAAAGAUCAAGACCAAAAAAAUCAAAUAAAAGACGCUUGUGUUGUUCGCUGCCUCGGGAAAAGGAAGAAAGGGAAACGUUGGUCGUUGAAUCCGUUGGUAGGAUUCAGAUCUUCCAAGGCUUGUGGUAGUAGCGACAAAGUUGAGAUGAUCCAGUCGCUCUCGCAGUGUGCCCCGCUUGGCUCUUCUUCUUUUUGGAUUCCCGUAUCGUCAUGACACUUUGCAUUUUGUCUUCGUCUUCGUCCUUUGCUUUGUUGCCCGCCACUUCCUUCACCCUUCCUCACCUUCUUCCCACCUUGAACCGUACCCAGUUUCCAUGUGAAAUCCAUUAAACUCCGUUGGUAGUAAGAGAGACCCAAAAUCGCAUCCAGAUUCCAACGCGCUCAAGCUUCUUCAUUGUUAUCAGAUUGGUGCCGCGUAUUAAACCUUUUAUCCUCUCGGCGUGCCCGAACCGCUUCCGUGGUCGCGGUCCUUUUUGUCCUUGCGACUCUUGAUGAUAAAGUCUGCUUGGAUUUGGAUGUGAUCCGCGGGAUACCACCAGAAUGGGAAUGAAGGGACUAGCUUCAGCUCGUUGGGGUCAGGGCCACCUAGCACACCAACCACCUCCAGUGUGUUAGUAGAGUACCAGAUAUAGUCGAUGACAUCAGUAAAUCCCGGUGUAUAGUUGGUAAAUGGCAUCUCAUCCGCAGUGCCGCGCGUCGGCGCAUACGAGUCACGAAGGCUAAAGGGAUGCUCAAUUCCAUCUCUUGUAAAGUUUCCGUAAUGAUGGUCUGUGAGGUCCGGAUGGUCAGGGGGGAUUCGGCCCUUGGACAUGAACUCAAACACUGCGGAGUCAUACGUCGAGUUGAAAUCACCGCAAAUGAUGAGUGGAAUAUCCAAGUUGCUCUUGUAUUCUUGACUGGGUCCGGGGUCGGCUUGUGGCGCAGGCGGCUUGCCGUCAUCUGAAGGAGGAAUAAUCAUCUUUUUCUCCUUCAGGGCAGGCCAUUUGGCAUACUUUUCCGACAUCUUGACGACUUGCUCCAUCAAAAUGCCCGUCUGGAUGGCUUUGACGUCGGCUAGUAGCAGCUCCCAUGUCGUAUGCACAUUGACCACAAUCAUGCGAGCUCCCGUGAGGCGCGAUUCGAAAAAGGAUAUAACGGCAAUAUUAUCCUUGGGCAUGACACGGUUGAAUACAUCGUGCUGAUUCUUCAUAUCCGGCCGGUUAAUGGCAAUCGUCGCAAACUCGAUAACCUGUUUGUCGAGCAAAAUGUACUUGCUGUGCUUGUAGAAAAUUGCACAACCGUCAACUUGAAUCGAGUCCUUCUCUGCCAUCGUUUUGGCGCGUGACUUGGGCCAAUGGACACCCUUGUAAUCCAGCUUAGCGAGCUCGGGGCUGAGGUUGUCGCGAAAGGCUUCGGUCGAUACUUCUUGAAGUGUGAGAAAGUCGGCAUCACGGAGCUGGAGCUCCUUCAUAAUGCAGUCAAAUCUGUAGUCCCACUUCAGAGCACGUGUAGGUGUGUAGCCGUAUGUUUGGGCUGUCGCAUACUUGUCGCAUAGAAUGUUCCAUGAAAAUACUCUGACACGCUCGGCGCUGGUUGAAAUGUCUUCUUGAAUGAUGACUUCUUUGCGGGGUUCGGGCUCGCGGGGGACUGUUGAGAAAGACUAUAUUAGCGGAUGGCUCUGUCGAGGCAUUUCAGCAGUUCUUACCUGGUGCGCUCUCUCUGAGAGAAUUGAUCAUGGCCUUGGUUCCCUUGUCCAUGAUUUCUUGCUUAAAGGUGUGCUCCAGCGGGUUACCUUCAAUGCCCAAUACUUCCAGCAGGUGGAGGGAGCCUAGCUCAAAUGGAAGCUCCUGGAUAUUGUUGUUGAAGAUCAAGAGGUGCUUAAGAUAUGUGCACAUUCCCAGUUCGGCUGGCAAUACAGUUAUUUGGUUGAAUGAGGCAUCGAGGAGUCGGAGCUGACGAAGAUCGCCAAUGGCCUUUGGGAGUCGCGAGAGCUUGUUGGAUGCAAUGUAUAGGUCGUUUAGAAAUUGGUAUCGAAAGAGUUCUGGAGCAAGGUUGCGCAGGCCCUGACCGCUCAUAUCCAUGUUGAGCCAGUCUUGCCGUGCGAUAUCCUUUUCCAAAGCGACGGGGACUCUUCUAUCAGCCUGGUCGUUUUCGCCGUCUGCCUGUGUUCGACCGUUAGUGCUAACAGGGCCAGCUAUUCCUCGGUUCUCUGACGCUUUAAGACGAGCAUAGUAGUGAGGCUGUUGCUGAUCAGUCAUGGCAGAGUGAGCUCGUUCAGCCUCCUUAUGCAAACGCAGCUGCUCUUGCCACAUUUCGUUGUGAGGGCCUGAGUUGCCUCUCGAGUUAGAGGAGUGACCGUUUUGUAUGUUGGAUGAGAAUUGGUUUGUAGAAGACAGAGUGCCAGAUCCAAAGGCAGAGUGAUGCCCGAGGCCGUUGGAGUUGGGCAUGCCGUGAUCGUGUUGGAGGUUUUGCAGAUGUUGCGCUUGGGAUGGGUGUUGGUGUUGUGCAUGUUGCUGGUAGCCGUAGAGCAUGUUGGGCAUGCCUCGGCCAGCACCACCAUUCAGCCGGGCGCCGUGGCCCUGCUGAUGAUUCUGAGAGUACAUGGGUAUGGCGUCGGUGGUUCGUCAGUGUUAGCCGUUGGUCGGUAAUACGUGGUGAGUUUCGGAAGGGCCCAGCGUCGUCGUCGACAGCAAACUAUGCAAGUCGGCGGUACGGCGGGGCAAGUUCAAGUAUUAUCGAUGAUGCGUAUGAGACGUUGGGAACCAUCGGUUACCUACGACGUGUCGGAGUGGGGAGCGUUGAGCGAGGCGGGCUGCCGGUGUGCGCGUCGGCGAUUGCGGUCUGAGGGGGUAUGAGAGAAUGUCAGGAGUAUUUGCCAAUGCGCAUCAGCGUAGUUUGGAGGUAGAGGCGUCUUUAGCAUGUGCCGUAGCGAAGCUCAGGAAUAUGCCCUCGAGAUGUUGGUCGAGCUCCGUGUGCGCGGCGAAACGAGUCGGUGAGUCGCUGGCGAGGACAGGCUGGAGGACAAUGGUUGGUUGAGGAAAAGAAUUUCACAAGCAAGAAUGCGACUUGUGUGCUUAGAUGGGCAUGUUCAUCUGCCACAGGCCGUUGGUUGAGAAUUGCCUGCAAGGAAAAGGUUAGACGGGAAGGGCUGGGUCGAGAUGACACGAAGGGCAAAAUGCGGAGGGUUGGGGUGCAGAGCUCCCCGCCCAGGGUGCGAUGCCACGUACGAAAAAGGGUUGUAAAAACGAAUGAAGGAAACCGGCAGUUCUUGUCGUGGCCGAAGAUACAAUCGAUACUGGAAAUAAAGUACUCGUAGUCGAUGCUUCGUGUGGUGAUUCUCUGAUAAGGCGCUAUGGCUG